UCUUGCAUUCAGUGGAGUUGGACGUGUCGACGCUUAUUUAAAGUGCUCAAUUUGAAGCCGCUCUUGGACUGCGUACAGCGUGUGAGGCAUAGACUGCAAAAGAACAACAAACGAACAAACAAACAAACAUACAUAGCGCUUGUUGUUAUUGUAGCUUGUAGCAAGUUUCGGCUAUGAAAAUGAUCGGCAGCGAUUAUGUUCUGGAAGCGCACAACAUAUUCCACACCACCGAGGUGGAUGGUGGUGGCUGCUUUAACGGAGCUGGCAACUCAGCGCUGGUGCUCAAAGGCGUCAAUUUGACUGUGCACAGUGGCGAAGUGAUGGCCAUACUAGGCUCCAAGGGCAGCGGUAAGCGUGCGCUGUUGGAUGUGAUCGCCAGGCGUGCGGAUGGCGCCACUCGGGGCCAAGUGCUGCUCAAUGGCGCACCUCUAAGCAAGGCUUUGUUUCAGCAGCGCUGCGGCUAUGUCACACAAUCCUGCACCUUUGUGCCGGGCCUGACAGUGGCGCAAACUCUGCACUACACGCCCACAAUUCUGGGUGGUUAUUUGAAGAGCUCCAAGGUGCGUCAAGUGCUGGCUGACUUGGCACUCUCACAGGUAGCGCACAAGCGCGUGGAGUACUUGAACAUCAGCGAGGCUAGACGACUGGCCAUAGGCAUACAGCUGGUCAGAGAUCCAGUCAUGCUGCUGCUGGAUGAGCCCACUCAGGGCUUGGAUCCGCUGAGCGCCUACUUGCUCAUCUCCAUACUCUCCAACACUGCCAAGAAAACAGGCUGCGGCAUUUUGUUGUCGCUGGAGAAGCCACGCUCCGAUGUGUUUCCCUUUUUGGAUCGUGCACUAUUUCUUUGCUUGGGCGGCGUAGUCUACUCCGGCGGCACUCGCGCCAUGCUGGAGUAUUUCCAUGCAAUUGGCUUUCCUUGCCCACAGCUGGAGAACCCCUUAAUGUAUUAUCUAUGUCUAUCCACAGUGGACAGACGCAGUCGCGAUCGCUUUUUAGAGUCCAGUCAGCAGAUUGAGGCGCUUGUCGAACGCUUCUCCAGAGAAACACCCAAUUCGGACGCGCCGCUAAACAAUAUGGGAUCAGGCAAGGUGCCUUUGGCCUAUGGCAAGCCUGGCGAACUCAAAGUCUGGGUCAUGCUUUACUUAAGAUUGUUGGCCUCCACAUUUUCCUGUGGCGUAGUGGGCAUGAAAACGCUUUUCCUACGCUUGCUACUCCUGCCCCUGGCUAUGGCUACCCUGUGGGCAUUCUACAACAAUGUUGGCGAUGAUGCGAGCGGUUUCUUUACACGCAAUGGCAUGAUUCUCAAUAUACUAGGCUUGUGCUACGGCUGCGGCAUUUUGACUACCAUAACGCUAUUUCCCAUAUGGCGCAAGAAAUUCUCGCAGGAUACGCCCGAAGGGCUAUACUCUGGCACAACGCUACUUGUCGCCUACAAUGCUGUAUCCAUACCAUUCUCAGCAGUAUCUGCUGUCUUGGCCAGCUGUGUUAUCUAUCCCUUGCUGCUGGAUGCCAAGUUUAACAAUGGCACAGUCUUUGCUUAUUUGCUGGUGGCGCUCUGGUCCAGUUUUGUGCUUGCAGAGCAGUUGGCCAUAGCAUUCCUACUCGUGGUCAAGGUACCCUUCAAUGCAGCCAUUGCAGUAACUUAUGUGCUGGUCAUUAGCAUUGCUUUGGCCAGCGGAACAGUGCGCUCCUUUAAGGGCUUGCAGCCCUGGCUGCAGGACAAUACCAAGGGCACACAUACACGCUAUGCUUCGUCGCUGCUACAUAGCAUCGCCUUCCAGACGCGCAAGCUUAACUGCACGCCCACCGCCUCCGUCAUAUGCCCAAAGCCAGCGGACUUUAUGCAUGAGCGUUUGGGUCUGCCGGAUCCGGAUGAGACUAUUGAUGUUGCUGCCUCUUGCGCCUUUGCCGUUGGUCUGGCUGCUUUCAAUAUGCUUCUCUAUUUGUUUCCCAUGCCACGCUGUGUGCGUCAGAAAUUUAAGGACUGAAACGCAUUGCUUAAAUUAAUUUACAUAACUUAGUAUGCUUUAAGAUUUAAUUUAAUAAAAAUGCAAGAAAGACAAGCAUAAAAAACAAAACUCACCACAUAAGAAGCUUACCAGGGCUACUGUCUCGAUAGUCAAAGUUCAGCUUAAUUGAGUUAUCGAUAACAUAACUUAACUGGUGGCGCGCACAAUUUUAAACUCAGCAGAUUACAUUAUUUAUGGUU